AGAAAGGGAAAGAAGAAGAUGCAGCAGAAAAGCGAGUUCGAGUUCUGCAAAGCGUGCAACAUAAACCACGACCAAGGUCUCCGCCACAAGUACUUCCCUAACCACAAGAAAUCCCUUUCCAGCUUCCUAUCCCGCUUCCGUAAAAAACUCUCCGACGUUCGCUUCUUCCUCAACGCCCCUAUCCCUCUCGAUCCCCAACUCGCUUCUCGCAAUCGCUUCUGGUGUGUCUUCUGCGACCAAGACGUCCACGAACACUCCAGUUCCUUUGCCUGCGCCAAUGCGAUUCGCCACCUCGCCAGUGCCCAACACGUGAAGAAUUUGAGGCAUUUCUUCUGGAAAUAUGGCGCUGCCGCGAAUCAAUUGGACGCGUUUAUGUUUUCCGAUGAUGAUGUGACUAAGUGGGAGAGGAAGUGCGAGGCGCGAAAGGAUGAAGCGAGUGAGGGAAGUCGCAGAACGGUGUUGGGUCCUUCAAAUGAUGAUCAAAUGAGUAUCAGAUAUCUAGUUCAGGACUUUCUGGAAUCGCGAAUGUUGCUACCUCGUCGGAAACGUGCCCUGAUUCAAAACCGUUUGCUUUGCCAGAUCUUUUGGUUUAAAGGAGAAGCCAUUCUCUCCCUCAUGAUGGUAGACAAUGGUCAAGUAAUGGUUACUCCGGUCAUAAACAGGUUUGUUUGGUCUUUAAGCUUUAAUUGUUUCAAAUAAGUCAUCAGAAAUCUAACUAUUCGAGUUUCAGACUAUCAAAAGUCAUUCGGUGGUAACUUCAUUGGUAAGCAAGCAAGAUGAACUUGUUUGGGUUUUUGCCUAGUUUUAUGUCUUCUAGUUUUCGUGUCUUGAUGAUCAGGAUUAUGGUUUGUGUAGCACACUGCGUAUUUGUACUUCUUUUAAUUUCUAAUUUAUCUUUUAACACUUUUCAUAUUCUUCUAUAGUGUUGUACUUGUCUAACCUUAUUUUUAAUUCGUUAUUGAUGAAAAAAUAUUGCAUUUUGUAUCAAUG